AUGGCGGUGCUGGGCCCAACUACAAACGCGCCAGCCGCAAAGGAGCACCUCGUCGCUUUGUUUGCAACCAUCCCGGACGAUCCGAAGGAGAUCUUCGUUUGCGACGUGCCGGGCUGCGACCAGAAGUUCGUUCGCGCCGACUUGCUUUCGAGACACCAAAAACGGCACUCGUCCACGUAUAUCCCAAGGAAUCGCGCCCCCAGCUUCAGCACUUCUGUCGCAUCCGCCGCCGUCUCGUCGCCGACAUCAGCUGGCCUCUCGCGGUCCACUUACCCUCAGCACUCCUCGUCAGGCGGGCCUCAUGACGCCGCGAUUCUUCUCACGCCCGGCUCCGACGCGACGCCGACGCCGACCACAGCCGCAACCAACCCGUCCCUGACCCAGCAAGCCGCAAGGCUAGGCCAGCCCUCAACGUGGCCAUCCAUCGACGACAUGGCCGCGGACAUGAUGCGUCCGAAGCCCAACUUCUACGUCCGCGAACAAGUCUCCCUGCCCGAAGCACCGCCUUUGAUGCCGUCUUACACCUCGGUUAGCUUCCAGCCGGACGAGGCCUUAUCGAGGGAGAACUUUGCCAUGUGGUUGUUUGAUUCCCAAGCGAGUUUCAGCGAGUUCAACGGGGUCGCCAAUAUCCCUUUUCUGGAAGGCGGUCUCGAAUCAACCUUUAACAACAACAUCCACUAUGACUACGAGUCCCUCACCAGCCGCUCGCAGCUGGACCCUACCCCGCCACGUCAGGUCGAAGUCAGCGACGAACUCAUCAGCGAACACAGGCGGCAGGAGGUCCUCCGUUGGCUCCAGGUUUUCCGGCAGAAACAGCCCAAGUAUGAGCCGCGCAUCGUGAGCCUGGUGCAAGAGAGCGGCGGAGACCUGCCUGCCCUGAACCUGGACAUGAUGAGGGACUGCUUGCAGGAGUACUGGAAGAACAUCUCGCCGAGACUACCGAUAGUCCACCAGCCGACCUUUUCGUCCAAUCGCUGCCCCAUCUUGCUCCUCAUGGUGAUGAUUGCUCUCGGGGCCGCAUCCUUGAGUAGCAGAGACUCGACGGGUAACCUGGAACAGUAUGGAGGGUUCGCUGAUGUCGUCAUAUCCAGCAUCCGCUGGGAGAUCCUCACCGCCGACGAAGCAUCACCGCCGGUGGGCCUGUACGUCGCCCAGUCGCUGUUGCUGCUUGAGUUUUACGAGAAGAUGUUCUCCUCCAGGCGCAUGCACGAACGAGCGCACAUCUAUCAUUCCGCCACUCUGACCCUCCUGAGAAGAGGGAGCCCCCUGAUCGGUAGAGCAGGAAGCGAAUCGCCGCCGGAAGAGGCAGCCCCGACAGUGAACGAUGGCUCCUCGUCGGACUCCAGGACAUGGUGGAUCCGAUGGGCCGAAAGCGAAUCGAUGCACCGCGUCGUUUUUGCUGCCUUCAUGAUGGAUAUCAUCCACGCGCUCACGUUCGGGCAUUCUGCCGACAUGGCACCUCACGAGAUCCGGCUUCCGCUGCCAUGCGACGACGGGCUCUGGACCGCCGCGACGCCCGAUGUGUUCCGCCAGCUCGACAGCAACUACCGGAUGUACGGCAUCAAACAAGUCUCGUUCCUUGACGGACUCAAGAGCGCCCUGCACGGCCAGGAAGUCAAGACGCACACGUUUGGGCGCAUGAUCAUCAUGUCUGGAUUGCUCAGCGUUGGCUGGCACCUGUCCCAUCGGGAGUCUCACACCAAAUGGCUUGACCUGCGGACUCCUAGCGCCGAGUCACGAGACGGGUGGAAGAAGAUUCUUCUAAGGGCUUUUGAUGAAUGGAAAGAAAGCUUCGACAACGCGGUUGGUGCAAACGACACACCCGAGGUCCCCGGCCAGCCGUCCACCUCGAACGGCCCGAUCCACUCGGCCGCCGUGCUUUAUCAUCUCGCACACAUAAGUCUCCGCGUGGACAUCGUCGACUGUCAGGUAUACGCCGGGGCAAAGUAUCUGGUCGGGCGCAAGGUCUCCACCCGUGAUUAUGCCAACGCAGUCUCGCGAAUGAGAACCUGGUCGAACGCUCCUUCGACCCGCCACGCCGUCCUCCACGCCUUCAAACUCCUCUACCACGUGCUGGUUGACCAGCGAGGACCCAAACGGCGGACGAGCAGCUUCGACUCCCUUCCCGAGCCCGUCUCGGUCUUCUACUCCUGCCGCACCGAGCCGGACCCUCACCGGCCGUGGGUCAUGUUCUACGCGGCCCUGACGAUCUGGUCCUUUGUCCAGGCGCUUGGUAUGCCGAGCAAGAACGCGCCACCGGGGAGGUACAGCGAGAUCGCGCGUUACCUGGCGCAUUUCGCGGCCUUGGAUGAGCUCACGGAUGAGGCGGCCCGGGACCUCAACGACAGACUGCCAGAGUUGCUGGAUCUGCUGGGGACCAGCCUGCAGCAGUCCCAUUCGGAGAUCAUGAGGGAAGCGAGCCAGAGGCUGAAGCGUUGCUGUGACAUGAUGAGGUCAUGA